CCAUAUCUGUCGCUGUCAUAGUAUCCUCCCCACGCGCUUCCCCUCCAUGUAACCCCAUUGAUUGGCCGUCAAGGAAGCGCGUACGACACCGCGUGCGUGGGGUUAUGGUUUCCCAUCUAUGAGAACGCAUGCAGAAGCUAAGAUCAUUAGAUAUCGUCGCCUUGAAACAAAUCCACCCCCUAUAAAACAAGCUUCCUUCACCUCUCUUUCCCAUUAUCAACACACGGUUUUUGCAACAUAGUAACAAAGAAAAAGAUACUCAAAGGAACAACACCUCACAAAAUCAAAAACCAACAUCCCCAAGUGUUUUUAGCUUUGAUAAUGAAAGUGAAUUAUGAUAAUGGUCUCAAUCUCAAGGCAACGGAGCUCCGAUUGGGGUUGCCAGGAAGCGAUGAACCGGAGAAACAAACGACCCCUAGGCCAAACAAGAGAACUAUAUCGGAGAUCAGUAGUUCCGACGUGACAGACGAUGGAAACGAUGAUCAUCAAGACAGUGCUCCUCCUGCAAAGGAACAAGUUGUAGGAUGGCCGCCGAUCAGAUCAUACAGGAAAAACUGCGUACAAGACACAGGGGGGUAUGUAAAAGUGAGCGUUGACGGAGCUGCUUAUCUCAGAAAGAUUGAUCUCAAGAUUUAUAGAAACUACCCUCAACUCCUCGAGGCUUUGGAGAACAUGUUCAAGCUCACCAUUGGAGCCUACACAGAGAGAGAAGGGUACAAUGGAUCUGAAUAUGCUCCCACUUAUGAAGACAAAGAUGGUGACUGGAUGCUUGUUGGAGAUGUUCCCUGGGAAAUGUUCAUCUCAUCCUGCAUGAGGCUGAGAAUCAUGAAAGGAUCAGAAGCCAGGGGCUUGGGCUGUGUAUAAGCCUCCCACAAAGAACAAGGAGAUUUUCUUUGGCUUAGAUCAUCGAAAUCCCACGAGGAAGAUUGAUUUGUUCUUCCCGGGAAGUCAAGGGCUCUUUUUGCUGGAAGAAAGUUUCGGAGAUUAACAAGACGGCCUCCAUUACUUAGAGUAUCUGUACUUUAUAAAUAACAUUCAGCACAAGAACAAAAGGCAGGAAAGCAUGUAGAAAUAUACUUGAGACUUGACUGUACAUAGGAAAUACUAUAGAUUGCUUUACAAUUUUCCCCAGGAAAAGCAUAUGUAACAAUAUGAUUAAAUCAAAGGCAAUAAUUAUUAAGGUCUAA